CUGUGUCGUAUGUGUAGUAAUCCGUUCUCGUUAACCUCACAUGACCGCACAUGACCGUAUACUUUGUGCGUAUAUGACCACUAGAACGCACUAGAACUAGAAGGUCGAGGGCUGUAAUGCAUGUGAAAGACGUUUGAAAAUGGGAGGCAAACUUUCGGCACUGGAUCCUAUGCAAGUAGAAGUUCCAGAAUUGAAGGAGCUUUUAGAUCGUGAUCCGUAUUUAAGGCCAUACGAAAGAGAGUUCCGACGACGGUAUGCCUGUUUCCAAGAUUAUGUGGGCAAGGUGAAGGAAUAUGAAGGUGGACUGGAUAACUUCACCGAAGGCUACAAGUACUUUGGGAUCCAUAUGAAUUCAGACAACUCAGUGACAGCCAGAGAGUGGGCUCCUGGUGCUGUACAAGUGUAUCUGACCGGAGAAUUCAAUGGAUGGCAUAGGGAAGGACAUCCUUACAAAAAGUUGGAAUAUGGCAAAUGGGAAUUACAAAUUCCAGCAAAUCCUGAUGGUUCCUGUCCAGUUGCUCAUAUGUCAGAAGUCAAGGUAGUGAUACGUACAAAGACUGGGGAGCUGGUGGAUCGCCUCUCUCCUUGGGCAGUCUUUGUAGUGCAGCCUCCUAGAAGUGAGGGCUUUACCUACAAGCAGAGGUUCUGGAACCCCCCUUCUUCUGAGAAAUAUCAGUUUAAGCAUGAAAAAGCAAAGAAGCCACUGAGUCUCCGCAUCUAUGAAUGUCAUGUAGGAAUUGCAACAGAAGAACCCAGAGUUGGGACUUACAAGGAGUUCGGAAAAGAAAUCAUCCCAAGGAUAAUAAAACAAGGCUACAAUGCUAUUCAAUUGAUGGCAAUAAUGGAGCAUGCUUAUUAUGCCAGUUUUGGUUAUCAAGUAACCAGCUUCUAUGCUGCUUCGAGUCGCUAUGGAACUCCUGAAGAGCUGAAGGAGCUGAUUGACAUUGCGCAUGCCCAUGGUUUAUACGUACUGCUAGAUGUAGUGCAUUCUCAUGCCUCCAAGAAUGUUCUUGAUGGACUAAACCAGUUUGAUGGAACAAACAGUUGCUUCUUCCAUGAUGGUGCCAGAGGUGAACACUCUCUGUGGGACAGUCGCCUCUUCAACUAUUCUGAGUAUGAGGUAUUGAGAUUUCUGCUGUCCAAUCUCCGAUGGUAUGCUGAAGAAUACCGCUUUGAUGGCUUCAGGUUUGAUGGUGUCACGUCCAUGUUGUAUCAUUCCCGUGGAAUUGGAGAAGGUUUCAGCGGCCAUUACGAUGAGUACUUUGGUCUGAAUGUUGAUACAGAGGCAUUGGUAUACUUGAUGCUGGCUAACCAUAUGCUUCAUGAGUUGUACCCAAAUGCCAUUACAAUUGCUGAGGAUGUGUCUGGUAUGCCAGCAUCAUGCCGUCCUGUUUCAGAGGGAGGACUUGGGUUUGAUUAUCGACUUGGUAUGGCAAUCCCAGAUAAAUGGAUAAAACUUCUAAAGGAAGUAAAAGAUGAUGAUUGGGAUAUUGGCAAUAUUAUUCACACACUUACAAAUCGACGGUGGCAGGAGAAAACAGUUGCUUAUGCAGAAUCACAUGAUCAGGCCUUGGUUGGAGACAAGACAAUUGCAUUUUGGCUAAUGGACAAGGAGAUGUAUACACACAUGUCAAUCUUCUCUCAGCCAUCACCAAUCAUUGAUCGAGGAUUAGCACUGCACAAGAUGAUAAGGCUGAUUACACAUGGAUUGGGAGGGGAGGCAUAUCUCAACUUCAUGGGCAAUGAAUUUGGACAUCCUGAAUGGCUAGACUUUCCACGAGCUGGAAACAAUGACUCAUAUCAUUAUGCGCGCCGUCAGUGGCAUCUGGUGGAUGAUGAGCAUCUGAAGUACAAGUUUCUCAGUGCAUUUGAUGCUGAUAUGAACAAACUGGAAGAGCGCCAUGGUUGGCUGCACAAGGACUCGGGCUAUGUAAGUUGGAAGCAUGAGGCAGACAAAGUUGUGGCUUUUGAGCGAGCGGAGCUGCUGUUUAUCUUCAACUUCCAUCCAAUCAAGAGUUUCACUGACUAUCGUAUAGGGGUGGAAGUGCCCGGGCAGUACAAGGUGGCCCUUGAUUCAGAUGAUGGGAAAUAUGGAGGCUUCCAGCGAGUGGAUGCAAAUGUUCCACAUUUCACUUAUCCUGAAGAAUUUGCUGGUAGAAGGAAUUCAGUUAAGCUGUACCUGCCAUCACGCACAGCGCAGGUGUAUGAAAGGGUGUAGUUCCUGCAGGCAAGGUGCCUUGAAAUGUCAAUUGCCACAUAUUUUGAGACAUUUAUUAGUAGUUCAGAACUUCCAUAUAGAUAUUUUGGGGUAAGUAAAAGUUUACGGCCAUAGUGCAUAAUUAGUGUGAUUGUCAGUCUGAGUUUGAAGUAACCUGAAUAAUCUGAUAUAUCUGUAAUAAAUAUAUUCUCUAGCA